CCUCUCUGCUUCUCCCUCUGCCAUCUCUCUCUUCCCUCCCUUUCGGCGCUGGGAGCGUGCGUAUUGGCUGGGCUGUUUGCGAGCCCAUGCCAAAUAGGUGGGCCCUCUGCGUGUUGGCACAGACUCAGUCAAUGGUUAGAGACGGAAAGUGGAGAGGAAGAGAGAAAGAGAGAGACAGAGUUGGAGAGAAAGAGGGGGAAAAAAGAAGCUGCACUCGGGUUUGCCAGCGGUCGUGCACAGUCUUCCAACAUUGAUUCGGUCCUCUUGUUUUUGUUUUUUUUUUUUUUUUCGUUUUUUUUUUUCCUUUUUCUUCUCCUCCGUUCGCACCCCCCUUGUCCAGCUCUCUCUCUCCCUCUCCGUGAGUCUUAUGCAGAUCAGAAUUGAACCAAUAGCAAAUGCUUUGCCAGCCAUUUUUUUGUUGUUUUUUUUUUCUGUCAUCGAGCUAUUUUUUUCUUCGUAUUUUUGCAAACAAACAAACAAAGAAGCUUGUUUUAGUUUUUGACAGCUUUAUCCUUUUUUCCCCGCUGUAGCUGGUUUGUUUUGAUUGUGCACAUCCAACUCUCUGUUUAACCCUUUUUAGACAGAGCGAUAGCUAAACUUCUCUACACUCUCCUUCUGUUGUGCUCUUGAACAGCACCUGUCCUGCAGCUCCUGCUACAGUACCUCCUGUGUUCCUGUGCUGGUAUUGCACUGCGCCCCCUUGGCCUGUCUCCUCUUUCUCAGCUUUUUUCCCCCCCGCUGCUUUUAUUGGACACUUUCUCAGCUUCUCUUUUUGCUUCUUUUUUUUUUUUUUUUUUCCCUCAGUUUUUUGUUUUCUAAUAUACGCAGCUUCACUUCUGCGCCUUUUGACUCAACGCUCCAGUUUUCUGAACUGGUUUCUGCGUUUUAAGUUUCUUUGCAAUCGACGGGGGGAAUUUAUGAUGAGAGAGCAAAAUGGAUGAAUUCCACCCCUUCAUCGAGGCCCUUCUGCCCCAUGUCCGCGCCUUCGCCUACACCUGGUUCAACCUGCAGGCCCGCAAGCGCAAAUACUUCAAGAAGCACGAGAAGCGCAUGUCCAAGGAGGAAGAGCGCGCCGUGAAGGAUGAGCUGCUGGGGGAGAAGCCAGAGAUCAAGCAGAAGUGGGCCUCGCGCCUGCUGGCCAAGCUCCGCAAGGACAUCCGGCCCGAGUUCCGUGAGGACUUUGUGCUCACCAUCACGGGGAAGAAGCCCCCCUGCUGCGUGCUGUCCAACCCCGACCAGAAGGGCAAGAUCCGCCGCAUCGACUGCCUGCGCCAGGCCGACAAGGUGUGGCGGCUGGACCUGGUGAUGGUCAUCCUGUUCAAGGGCAGCCCCCUGGAGAGCACGGACGGCGAGCGGCUGGUCAAGUCGCCGCAGUGCACCAACCCUGGCCUGUGCGUCCAGCCGCACCACAUCGGAGUGUCCGUCAAGGAGCUCGACCUCUACCUGGCCUACUUCGUCCACACGCCAGAAUCUGGACAAUCAGACAGCUCCAGCCAACAAGGGGACACAGACAUCAAACCGCCACCCAAUGGGCACCUGAGUUUCCAGGACUGCUUCGUCACUUCGGGGGUGUGGAACGUGGCAGAGCUGGUCAGAGUGUCACAGACUCCUGUAGCCACAGCGUCAGGUCCCAACUUCUCAUUGGCCGACCUGGACAGCAGUCCCAGCUACUACAACAUUAACCAGGUGGCUCUGGGGCGGCGCUCCCUCACCUCCCCUCCCUCCACCAGGUCUGAGGUGGAGUUGUACGCAAACCUUCCGCGGAGCUCCACCAAGAGGAAGUCCUUAGAUGACAGUGAGAUGGAGAGCCCCACCGAUGAUGUUUUCUACCCUGGCCGUUCGCCUGCUGCCAGCUCCUCCCAGUCCAGCGCAUGGCCCAAUGACAUGGAUGCAGUGCAGCACCAUUUGGCGAGUGUGCAGGAGAGGAAGAUAAAACAUGAAAACGAUGGCGUGCAGUUUCCUUACCAUGGACUGUCCUCGCCUGGUUCACUUAAGAAGCCGGGGAAGUUUGAUUUCAACGCCCUGACUUCCCAGACGAGGUCCCCCCGCAUGGCGUUCACACACCACCCGCUGCCUGUGCUGGCAGGAGUGAGACCAGGGAGUCCCCGUGCCUCAGCCUCAGCCCUGCACUUCCCUUCCUCCUCUAUCAUCCAGCAGUCCAGCCCGUACUUCACCCACCCCACCAUACGCUACCAUCACCACCAGGACCCGCUUAAGGAGUUUGUGCAGUUUGUGUGCACCGACGGCACAGGACAGCCCAGUGCACAGCCAAAUGGAGGUGGCCAGAGCAAAAUGCCGGGCUCCUUCCUGCUGCCCCCGCCACCCCCGGUGGCACGCCCUGUGCCCCUCCCCAUGCCCGACUCUAAAACCAUCAGCACGCCCACUGACGGUGGACUCAGCUCACCCGCAUCUCCGUCAUACUCCACGCCAGGCUCCACAGCUCCCAACCGGUUUGUCGGCAUCGGAACACGGGACAACUUUCUGAAUAUCCCCCAGCAGACUCAGUCCUGGUUCCUCUGACAAGGCCUCUCUGAAUCAACAGCUAAAAUUGUGUCAUGAAAAUUGGAAAUCGGAAAAAGAAACACAUCACCACUGAUAAAGAACAAACUGCUGACACUAAAAGGUCUUUCUCUCUCGCCAACACUAUUCAAAGUACUACUAUGGAACCCGAAAAGCCCCUCGCCGCCCCAAGAGGACUCCCAAUCCAACUCCAUUUGAGCAGGAACCUUCGUCCCCUUUUAUGCAGGAGGCUUCAAUGAGGUUGAGUGGACAGAGUCAGAAUGCAAGAAGGAGGAAGACGAAGCUGAGGAACUGUCUCACACACCAUAAAAUGUCAGAAAGGAAACACAAUAUGGCACCGUGACAAAUGACCAAUUACACAUUUGUUGUUCCUUUUUUUUAUGAUUAAUUUUUCUUUUUUUUUUUUUUCCAUUUUCUUGUCUCCACAAUGAAACUCCAUGCAUUGGCUGGGAGAUCCAACAAAAAAAAAGAAAA